UACAGGUCAUCAAUAUAAAUCACUUCACAUCCAAUUUAAAGCUUUUGCCCUGCUGAGAAUGGUCCUAUUCCUUCUCGCUGCAGCUUUAAGUCACUGCAUCAUAAUCUUCAGCGCUGCCUUCCCCUCAAAUUAAUUGAAGCCAGAAUCCAUUAUGAAAGCCACGCAGCUGCCAUACAUCCCCUUAGAGCGAAUCUUGUUUAUUCUUAGAUUGGCUAAUCAGCUCACAUGACGUUAAAUACUGAUCUAUUACCGAUCGAUCACAUGACUAAGAAUGGAUAAGAGGCACAUGACUGAGAAAAUAUUAAACUUCACCCUGGAGAUCAUCUACCUGCUGACCGGAGAGGAUUAUACAGUAGUGAAGAAAGUGUCUGAUAAAUGUGUGGUCCCCAGCAGCCAUCACUGUGUGUCAGGAGGAUGGAGCAAGACCUGGAGCUCCACCAUGGAUUCACCACCUCACUCACUGACACCCGAGAGAACCAAUGAGCAGAAGAUCCUAGACCUCACCAACAAGAUCAUUGAGCUGCUGACUGAAGAGGUUCCUAUAAGGUGUCAGGAUGUCUCUGUCUAUUUCUCCAUGGAGGAGUGGGAGUAUUUAGAAGGACACAUGAAUCUGUACAAAGAUUUCAUAAUGGAAAACUACCAUUCCCUCACAUCAUCAGAUGGAUCCAGUAAGAGAAAUCCACAAGAGAGAUGUCCCAGCCCGCUGCAUUCUUUGAAUUGUCCAAGGGAACAUCACAAUGUCCCAAUGGAUCAUCAGGUUGCCAAUCUUUUUGACAUUAAAGUUGAAAUUAUAGAUGAUGAAGAAGAGAAUUACAUUAGAGCUGAUCAGCCAGAUGGAUCCAGUAAGAGAGACCCAGCAGAGAAAUGUCCCAAUACUUUGUAUCCCUGGAACUGUGAAGAAGUAGAUCACCAUGCCCCUCAAAAACCUCAGGAUAAAGAUCUGCUUAAUAUUAAAGUUGUUGUUAUAGAGGAAGAAGAAGAAGAAGAGGAGAUGUAUUUGAUGGGCGAUAGACAGUUUAAGGAGGAGGAAAUUCCUUUAGAUAUGUGCCCAGCAGGACAAAUUAACAGCAGGAAUAUCCCAAAUGUACAUUUUAUUUUACCAACAGAUCAUGAAAGAGAAGUUAAUUUUACACAUGAUUCUUCAGGACAAAACCACGUCCCUUCAGAUUUUCUUCCAGUCUUUCACAGUCGUGGUCUGUCAUCUGCAAAUGACAAAAAACAUUCCUUUGACCCUACAUAUAUUGAGGAAAAGGGAGCAAAUCACAAAGGAGGCAAAUUGUAUCCCUGUAAUGUGUGCGGGAGAUAUAUUAAAUCAAAAACCAGUCUUAUUCGGCAUCAGAGAAUCCACACGGGUGAGAGGCCAUUUUCAUGUUCUGAAUGCGGGAGAUGUUUUACCCAGAAAUGUGAUUUUAUUCAACAUCAGAGAGUCCACACAGGAGAAAAGCCGUUCUCAUGUUCUGAGUGUGGGAAAUGCUUUCGGCGCAAAUCGAAUCUUGUUGAGCAUUACCGAAUUCACACAGGAGAGAAGCCGUUUUCAUGCUUAGAGUGCGAUAAAUGUUUCACAAGGAAAUCCAAACUUUUCAGACAUCAGAAAACUCAUCAUGCCAACAAGAGGUUGUUCUCAUGCUCUGUGUGUAGAAAAAGUUUCACACAGAAAUCAGAUUUUAUCCAGCAUCAGAGCAUUCAUGCAGCAGACAAUUGGUUUUCAUGUCCUGAGUGUGGAAAGUGCUUUACCAGGAAGUCCAACCUUGUUAAACAUCAGCUGGUGCACACGGGGGAGAAGCCAUUUUCAUGUUCUGAGUGUGGGAAGGGUUUUAUGAAAAAGUCUAAUCUUGUUGAACAUCAGAGAAUACACUCUGGGGAGAAGCCGUUUUCUUGCAGUCAUUGUGGGAAAUCUUUUACGCAGAAGUCUAAUCUUGUUACCCAUCAAAGAAUUCAUACGGGUGAGAAACCAUAUUCAUGUUCUAAGUGUGGGAAGUGUUAUACUCAGAAGGCUAACCUUAUUGAACAUCAGAGAGUUGGCACGUGUGAGAAACAAUUCUCUUCUUUUUCUGGGAGAUGAUUAAAAAAACUGAAAAGUUCCAGUAAAUCCUACCCAGUUACUGGAGAAUGUUGGUGGACAAGGCUCUCACACUGGAGAGCUGGGCUGGACUGUUGACUUCAUGUUCUUUACUAACAAAAUAGUAGCUCUACAUGUUUCAGGAAAGGAAAAUUACUGGAGACGACCAAAUCUCUAAUUUGGGGAUUCGUAUAUGUCUCUCUAUCUCAACUUCCUGGAGCUCAAAUAAACGGUGCUCAACUUAACAUGAGAAACCUUUUGUAAUGAUAAAGGGUUUUGCAUCUUCACGUGGACUGACCUGACCUUUCUUCUACACAUUGUAAUAUUCUGUAAAGGGGAAGUGAUGGGGAUGGAACAAGACAAGAUAACGUUUAGGCUUGGUUUAAAAGCAGCUGUUUUGUGCAGCUGAAACCUCGCCUAUCUGUGGUGGCCAAUAGACACACAAUUUUUAAAAACUAUUGCAUGCCCUUAUCUCCUACCAAGACUACUGCAACAUACUCUUUUGUGGCCUCUCAUCUAGCACUCCUGCUUUAUCCUCAACUCUUUUACAUUUCUGACUUACUCUACCAGUACAUCCCCACAUGUAAUCUCUGAUCCUCACAAGAACCAUCCUUCCUUGCUUUCCUCUUGUCUGCUUCUCGCAGUCAUCUAGAAGAUUUCUCUCAUGCAUCCACCAUUCUAUACUAACCCUGCAGCCACUAUACCGUCGUAUGAGCAGCUUGUACCCUCACUUAAUGCCUUCUUCUCCCUUUCCCUUGUAGAUUGUAAGCCCUCUUGGGCAGGGUCAUCUCCUUCUCUAUACCAGUCUGUCACUUAGUUUCUGUUUAUUGUACUUGUUUUAUAUCACAUAUGUAUACCCCAUUUUUAGAUGUACUGUGCCCUGAAAUCAAUGGUGCUUAAAAAUAUAUCAUAAUAUUAUAUUUAAAAUUGUGGGCCAUUGGUUGCCACAGGUAGGCCGGGUUCAGAUGCAUGCAGCAUAUGUGCGGCUUGACCCUUUAAACAAAGAAGACAAUAGCUCCAUAUAUUCAGAAGAGGACUAAAAGGAGUGCAGGGGUGGCAAUAGUUUGAGAGACAUGUAUUAAAGAUUAUUUUCAUCUGAAUGUCUUAUUUAGAAGACCCUUAUUAAUGAUGAAGCUUUAUAUAAAAAAAAAUAUAUUGUUCGACUGCAGUCAAGUUGCUUUGCCCCCUUUGAUGGCAGUACCAUACCAGAAUAGGCACCAGAUUC